AUGACGAAAAGCUUCGUAGAGAUCAGUCCUGCUGCCAGCACUGCUGCUCUCCCAACAGAACUUAAGACAGAGACAACAGAGCAACCAGAUCCCUCCAGGAUAGAGGUUGUCUCUGUAACGGAAGAAGACCUCCCCAGUUUUGAGACCCCCAACACACUGAACUUCAGCCCCCUGGGCAGUUUUGUUGCUGAACCCCAAUCAGAGAACGAUUCUGCCAAACCUGAAGAGCCCCAACCUCUGGCUGCAACCAGUCCGACCAUGCCAAUCACCAAGGUGCAGCCAUUUAUCCACGAGGAUGAGUGGGAGAAAAGCUGGAAGAAUCGACUGCUGGCCCACCGCUUCGAGCUGCUAAUCGCUUCAUGUCUCAUCACGGUGUUCACUCUCGCUCUCGGGAUUGGCCUCGGAGUGGGUCUGAGCUGUGUGGGGAAGUUUCAUUGUGGUUCAUCGUCUCAAUGCAUCAGCACCUCAGCUCAGUGUGACGGAGAGGUGCACUGUGAUAAUGGAGAGGACGAGCUUGGCUGUGUGCGACUGAGUGGGAGCAGCUCGGUCCUCCAGGUCCAGAGAGGUGGAGUGUGGAGGACAGUUUGCUCAGAGGGCUGGAACAACUGGCUGGGGGCCUCCGCCUGCAAACAGCUAGGAUACUCCAGGUUUUCACUGUGGUAUGUGGAGUCCUUCUUCAUCUCUGUGACCUCCAUUGAGCAGGAGCUUCAGUACAACAUGGUGUCCAUCAACCUGAGCCAGUCACAGAUCAUUAAGCUCCAGAACAUCACAACCCUCAGUAAGACUCAUUGCAGCUCAGGGAAGGUGACCACGCUGAAAUGUCUGGAGUGCGGCGCCAGGCCUCGGUACAGCACUCGUAUCGUCGGAGGUAACAUCUCCAAGUCGGGUCAGUUCCCCUGGCAGGUCAGUCUUCACUUCAAUAAUGAACACCUGUGCGGCGGCUCCAUCAUAACGUCACGCUGGAUCGUUACUGCAGCACACUGUGUGUAUGGGUUUGCAGACCACUCCAUGUGGGCGGUCCAUGUGGGGCUGAUAGAGCAGCCAGUCCAGAGGGCUCACUCUUUGGCUGUGGAGCAGAUCAUAUACCAUGCUCGCUACAGGCCCAAAGGACUGGACUACGACAUUGCACUGAUGAAACUGGCCAAGUCACUUGUUUUCAAUGGCUUUGUGGAGCCCAUCUGCCUGCCAAACUAUGGGGAGAAGUUUGAGCAGGGCACCAUGUGCUGGAUCUCUGGCUGGGGAGCAACUGAGGAUGAAGGAGAGACCAGUGUGGUUCUGCGCUCAGCCAUGGUGCCACUGCUCUCCACUAAGACCUGCAACCAGCCAGAGGUUUACCAGGGCUUCAUCUCCUCCUGGAUGAUCUGUGCAGGAUACCUGGAGGGAGGAACGGACUCCUGUCAGGGGGACAGUGGAGGUCCUCUGGCCUGUGAGGACUCAUCUGUAUGGAAGUUGGUUGGAGCAACCAGCUGGGGAGUUGGCUGUGCAAUGAGGAACAAGCCGGGCGUUUACACUCGCAUUACGCAGUCACUCAGCUGGAUCCGCAAACAGAUGGAGAGAGAAGAGGCUCACAAUUCUCCACCUCUGAGCACAGACAACUGAAUCCCCUGGUUACUUCUUACAUGAUUCUGUUUGGAUGUUUCCACAGUUGACUUAAAAAAAGAAAAAGAAACAAAAAAAAACUACAGUA